AUGGUACUCGCAUUCCGGGAGAUGCCUAACGGGCAUAGUGCUGUGCGGAUUGCGGAGGUGGUGGAGGAGGUGAUGGAGGAGGUGAUGGAGGAGGUGGUGGAGGAGGUGGUGGAGGAGGUGGUGGAGGAGGUGGUGGAGGAAUGGAAGUUGGAGACGCGUUGCCUCGGUCUCAUGACCGACAACGCGUCUUCCAACGUUGCGGCCCUCCGUUUGCUCUCUGAGGAGGGCGUGCGCAAGCUGUACUUCCACGAGUGCGCGCACUUUAGCGCACACACAUUCCGCCUUAGUGGGAGGGUGGUGGCCGGGGUGCGAGUGGUGGAGGUGGAGGAGGAGGAGGAGGAGGAGGAGGAGGAGGAGGAGGAGGAGGAGGAGGAGGAGGAGGAGGAGGAGGAGGAGGAGGAGGAGGAGGAGGAGGAGGAGGAGGAGGAGGAGGAGGAGGAGGAGGAGGAGGAGGAGGAGGAGGAGGAGGAGGGGGGGGUGGAGGAAGAAGAGGACGGGGGAAGGGGUUGGCUGGAGAAUGGGUUGGCUGGAGAAUGGGUUGGCUGGAGAAUGGGUUGGCUGGAGAAUGGGUUGGCUGGAGAAUGGGUUGGCUGGAGAAUGGGUUGGCUGGAGAAUGGGUUGGCUGGAGAAUGGGUUGGGGUGGAGAAUGGGUUGGCUGGAGAAUGGGUUGGGGUGGAGAAUGGGUUGGCUGGAGAAUGGGUUGGGUGGAGAAUGGGUUGGCUGGAGAAUGGGUUGGGCUGGAGAAUGGGUUGGCUGGAGAAUGGGUUGGCUGGAGAAUGGGUUGGCUGGAGAAUGGGUUGGCUGGAGAAUGGGUUGGCUGGAGAAUGGGUUGGCUGGAGAAUGGGUUGGCUGGAGAAUGGGUUGGCUGGAGAAUGGGUUGGCUGGAGAAUGGGUUGGCUGGAGAAUGGGUUGGCUGGAGAAUGGGUUGGCUGGAGAAUGGGUUGGCUGGAGAAUGGGUUGGCUGGAGAAUGGGUUGGGUGGAGAAUGGGUUGGCUGGAGAAUGGGUUGGCUGGAGAAUGGGUUGGCUGGAGAAUGGGUUGGCUGGAGAAUGGGUUGGCUGGAGAAUGGGUUGGGCUGGAGAAUGGGUUGGCUGGAGAAUGGGUUGGCUGGAGAAUGGGUUGGCUGGAGAAUGGGUUGGCUGGAGAAUGGGUUGGCUGGAGAAUGGGUUGGCUGGAGAAUGGGUUGGCUGGAGAAUGGGUUGGCUGGAGAAUGGGUUGGCUGGAGAAUGGGUUGGCUGGAGAAUGGUUCGUAGGGGGCGCCUUCCGUUGCGCGCAACACAUCACGCGCUGGAAAGGGCUGAAACGGAAGGACGUCCGUCUUUGCAAGGCGCCUAUCCCUUCUGCUGACCGCGGCGCCGUCCGCGAAUUGUACGGAGGCAAACACGCCCGCAGGGAAGGGAAGAAGAAGGCGGAGGAGAUGGCGAUCGAGGCGUGUGCGGGUGGAGCGAAGAAGCAGUGCAUCGAAGACUUCUACGGGGAAGGGGCGUCGUGUGCGAAGGAAUCGGCAGACGACGCCAUCUGCCUCAUGUGGGCGGCACUUCACCUCCCGGAGCAUCUCGCCGAUCACCCUCUCUGGCGCAACGCUGUGCGCUGCAUCACGGACGCGGGCCAUGGCUACGUUCCCCUGAAGCGGCGGUAUGUUGGUGGCGCCGGCCUUGCGCGCUGCCGCGAAAAGAUCGAGAGGGGGCUCGCUCCCAUCACUGCGAGCUGGAAGCGGGAUGGCGUGACGAUAGGCUCGGACAUGAUGACGGACAAAAGUGGCCGUCCCCAAGCCAACAUCCUGCUCAUCAACGAUUCCGGUGCAGUGUUCACCGAAAGCAUCGACUGUAAGUUGGAGACGAAGACGGGAGGCUACAUUGCAUCCGUUUUGCGCCCGAUCAUUGAGAAGGUGGGGCCCGCCAACAUAGUUGCGUUAUGCAUGGAUGGGGGCAGUAAUUAUGCGGCUGCAUGUAGGGAACUCAUGCUUGAGUAUCCUCACAUUGAGCAUGUGCCGUGCGCUACUCACGUCAUGGAUCUGCUCAUGGAGGACAUUGGGAAAAUGGAUUGGGCGAAGGACAUUGUGGCUAAGGCGGGGGUGAUUAUUACCUUUGUGCGUGCCCACCAUUUCACCAAAGGUUACAUGCGAAGCCCGCAAGUGAAGGGAGGGAAGGGGAAGCAGGUGCUGAAGCCGGCGGGCACCAGAUUUGGCACGCAAUUCAUCGCGGUGCAGCGGCUUUGCGAGGUGCGGAGUGCAUUGACGCAGAUGGUGCUGAGCCCGGAGUGGCAGGCUUGGGCGAAGGGGAGGAAGCCGCCGGUCGAGCCCUUCGCAACCAUGAUCAUGGAUGCCGUGUGGUGGAAAGGUGCGGAGUUCUUCGUCGCCCUCCUGAAGAUCCCCUUUGUCGUCAUGCGCAAGACCGACUCGACGGCCAAGGGCAUGAUGGGCAGGAUGUACGAUCUGAUGCUGCAGCUCACGGAAGACAUCAAUGCGAAGCUGGAGGAGGAGGAGGCGGGAUUGGUGCUGUCCAGCAGUGAACGCACGGAGGUGACCAACAUCGUCCAAAAGCGCUGGGACCAUAGCAUGGCGUGUGCCAUGCACGUGGUUGGCCGGAUCCUCAACCCGGUCAACCAAGAGGAAGGCAUCUUCCGCACCGACCUGGAGUGUACUCGCGUCUUCAAAGCGUUUGUCGCUCGUCACUACGCAGGGCGGACCGUCACGCGCAAGGAUGGCGAGGAGCUGCGCGCAUCCCACGGGGCUGAGUGGGUGACGGUUCUCCCGGGGAACAUCCCUGAGGCCUCCCUGCCGGAAGGGCACAACGAGGUUCUGGAGGAGGAUGAGGAGGAGGGGGAGGAGGAUGAGCUGGAGGAUGAGUACAAAAUGGGUUGGCUGGAGAAUGGGUUGGGGUGGAGAAUGGGUUGGCUGGAGAAUGGGUUGGCUGGAGAAUGGGUUGGCUGGAGAAUGGGUUGGCUGGAGAAUGGGUUGGCUGGAGAAUGGGUUGGGGUGGAGAAUGGGUUGGCUGGAGAAUGGGUUGGGGUGGAGAAUGGGUUGGCUGGAGAAUGGGUUGGGGUGGAGAAUGGGUUGGCUGGAGAAUGGGUUGGGGUGGAGAAUGGGUUGGCUGGAGAAUGGGUUGGGGUGGAGAAUGGGUUGGCUGGAGAAUGGGUUGGCUGGAGAAUGGGUUGGCUGGAGAAUGGGUUGGCUGGAGAAUGGGUUGGCUGGAGAAUGGGUUGGCUGGAGAAUGGUGAGAGAAUGGGUUGGCUGGAGAAUGGGUUGGCUGGAGAAUGGGUUGGCUGGAGAAUGGGUUGGCUGGAGAAUGGGUUGGCUGGAGAAUGGGUUGGCUGGAGAAUGGGUUGGCUGGAGAAUGGGUUGGCUGGAGAAUGGGUUGGCUGGAGAAUGGGUUGGCUGGAGAAUGGGUUGGCUGGAGAAUGGGUUGGCUGGAGAAUGGGUUGGCUGGAGAAUGGGUUGGCUGGAGAAUGGGUUGGCUGGAGAAUGGGUUGGCUGGAGAAUGGGUUGGCUGGAGAAUGGGUUGGCUGGAGAAUGGGUUGGCUGGAGAAUGGGUUGGCUGGAGAAUGGGUUGGCUGGAGAAUGGGUUGGCUGGAGAAUGGGUUGGCUGGAGAAUGGGUUGGCUGGAGAAUGGGUUGGCUGGAGAAUGGGUUGGCUGGAGAAUGGGUUGGAUGGCUGGAGAAUGGGUUGGCUGGAGAAUGGGUUGGCUGGAGAAUGGGUUGGCUGGAGAAUGGGUUGGCUGGAGAAUGGGUUGGCUGGAGAAUGGGUUGGCUGGAGAAUGGGUUGGCUGGAGAAUGGGUUGGCUGGAGAAUGGGUUGGCUGGAGAAUGGGUUGGCUGGAGAAUGGGUUGGCUGGAGAAUGGGUUGGCUGGAGAAUGGGUUGGCUGGAGAAUGGGUUGGCUGGAGAAUGGGUUGGCUGGAGAAUGGGUUGGCUGGAGAAUGGGUUGGCUGGAGAAUGGGUUGGCUGGAGAAUGGGUUGGCUGGAGAAUGGGUUGGCUGGAGAAUGGGUUGGCUGGAGAAUGGGUUGGCUGGAGAAUGGGUUGGCUGGAGAAUGGGUUGGCUGGAGAAUGGGUUGGCUGGAGAAUGGGUUGGCUGGAGAAUGGGUUGGCUGGAGAAUGGGUUGGCUGGAGAAUGGGUUGGCUGGAGAAUGGGUUGGCUGGAGAAUGGGUUGGCUGGAGAAUGGGUUGGCUGGAGAAUGGGUUGGCUGGAGAAUGGGUUGGCUGGAGAAUGGGUUGGCUGGAGAAUGGGUUGGCUGGAGAAUGGGUUGGCUGGAGAAUGGGUUGGCUGGAGAAUGGGUUGGCUGGAGAAUGGGUUGGCUGGAGAAUGGGUUGGCUGGAGAAUGGGUUGGCUGGAGAAUGGGUUGGCUGGAGAAUGGGUUGGCUGGAGAAUGGGUUGGCUGGAGAAUGGGUUGGCUGGAGAAUGGGUUGGCUGGAGAAUGGGUUGGCUGGAGAAUGGGUUGGCUGGAGAAUGGGUUGGCUGGAGAAUGGGUUGGCGAGGACGAGGAGGAGAGGGGCAGGAGGCUUCAAGGCUCCUCCAAGCCCUCUCUCCCUCUCUAGUUUCUGCCCUCUCUGAACCUCCCGUCUCCGCCGUCCAUCCCUUCUUUAAGCGAACCCCCUCCCAUCCCUUCUUUAAGCGAACCCCCUCCCAUCCCUUCUUUAAGCGAACCCCCUCCCAUCCCUUCUUUAAGCGAACCCCCUCCCAUCCCUUCUUUAAGCGAACCUCCUCCCAUCCCUUCUUUAAGCGAACCCCCUCCCAUCCCUUCUUUAAGCGAACCCCCUCCCAUCCCUUCUUUAAGCGAACCCCCUCCCAUCCCUUCUUUAAGCGAACCCCCUCCCAUCCCUUCUUUAAGCGAACCCCCUCCAUCCCUUCUUUAAGCGAACCCCCUCCCAUCCCUUCUUUAAGCGAACCCCCUCCCAUCCCUUCUUUAAGCGAACCCCCUCCCAUCCCUUCUUUAAGCGAACCCCCUCCCAUCCCUUCUUUAAGCGAACCCCCUCCCAUCCCUUCUUUAAGCGAACCCCCUCCCAUCCCUUCUUUAAGCGAACCCCCUCCCAUCCCUUCUUUAAGCGAACCCCCUCCCAUCCCUUCUUUAAGCGAACCCCCUCCCAUCCCUUCUUUAAGCGAACCCCCUCCCAUCCCUUCUUUAAGCGAACCCCCUCCCAUCCCUUCUUUAAGCGAACCCCCUCCCAUCCCUUCUUUAAGCGAACCCCCUCCCAUCCCUUCUUUAAGCGAACCCCCUCCCAUCCCUUCUUUAAGCGAACCCCCUCCCAUCCCUUCUUUAAGCGAACCCCCUCCCAUCCCUUCUUUAAGCGAACCCCCUCCCAUCCCUUCUUUAAGCGAACCCCCUCCCAUCCCUUCUUUAAGCGAACCCCCUCCCAUCCCUUCUUUAAGCGAACCCCCUCCCAUCCCUUCUUUAAGCGAACCCCCUCCCAUCCCUUCUUUAAGCGAACCCCCUCCCAUCCCUUCUUUAAGCGAACCCCCUCCCAUCCCUUCACUAAACCCAUCCCCACCUUCCCUUCUUAGGAUCCCUUCCACUCCCUGCCAUCCCUUCCCCCCCUCUCCUCUUCUCUUCCCUGCCUACAUGCCUGUUAUCAACCACUCACAUGCCUGUUACCACUCACAUGCCUGUUACCACUCACAUCAUGCCUGUUAUCACUCCCAUGCUUGUUACCACUUACAAGGCCGUUAUCAUGCCCUGGGAAUUGCACGAGAUGUUUUUCGCCUUGCUGCAGUCCCCACCAACCACCCAGCCGUCAAACGUUUUGUUCCACGCCUUCUGACAGUCCAGCAGCACUUGCGCUGGCGGCAGGAGGGGGGGAGGGCAGGGCGUGAACGAGAGGAGAGAGAGCCAAGGAGUGAGAGAAUGAGAGAGAGGAGCGUGGACAUGAGAGGAGCGUGGACAUGA